CUGCCCCCGCCUCGCUCGCCCCGGUGCGGCCCGCCCCUGGUCCUCCUCCCCUUCCUGCUCCGGGCCCGCCAGUAGCCAGCCGCGGCGGCGAGGGACUAGGACGCUGCUGGAGCGGUGCGGUGAAGCCAGGGGCUGAGAGACGGCGGCGGUGGAAAGCGGAGAGAUGCUGGGCGUGGCGGCCGGGAUGACCCACAGGUCUCUACAGGAGAAGACGAGAUCGUCCCGAUAGUUUGAGAGUAAAUGGAUUACCGGAGGAAGAGCUAAGGUCCCCUCUUCACCCCCUCUCACCUCCCUCCCCCAUAUAAGAGAAAGGGGAUUCUCCGAGGCGAGAGACUUUACCGUAUUUCCUGUGCGUCUAGCACCUACCACAGUUCAGAAUCUGUUUCUCAUUGAAUGAGUUAAGGAAUGAGAAACUGAACUGGCCUAAAGCAACAUGGCCAAUGCCCUGGCCAGCGCCACUUGUGAGCGCUGCAAGGGCGGCUUUGCACCCGCUGAGAAGAUCGUGAACAGUAACGGGGAGCUGUACCAUGAACAGUGUUUCGUGUGCGCUCAGUGCUUCCAGCAGUUCCCAGAAGGACUCUUCUAUGAGUUUGAAGGAAGAAAGUACUGUGAACAUGACUUUCAGAUGCUCUUUGCCCCUUGCUGUCAUCAGUGUGGUGAAUUCAUCAUUGGCCGAGUUAUCAAAGCCAUGAAUAACAGCUGGCAUCCAGAGUGCUUCCGCUGUGACCUCUGCCAGGAAGUUCUGGCGGAUAUCGGGUUUGUCAAGAAUGCUGGGAGACACCUGUGUCGCCCCUGUCAUAAUCGUGAGAAAGCGAGAGGCCUUGGGAAAUAUAUCUGCCAGAAAUGCCAUGCUAUCAUCGACGAGCAGCCUCUGAUAUUCAAGAAUGACCCCUACCAUCCAGACCAUUUCAACUGUGCCAACUGCGGGAAGGAACUGACUGCUGAUGCGCGGGAGCUGAAAGGGGAGCUGUACUGCCUGCCAUGCCAUGAUAAAAUGGGGGUCCCCAUCUGUGGCGCUUGCCGACGGCCCAUUGAAGGGCGCGUGGUGAACGCCAUGGGCAAGCAGUGGCAUGUGGAGCAUUUUGUUUGCGCCAAGUGUGAGAAACCCUUUCUUGGACAUCGCCAUUAUGAGAGGAAAGGCCUGGCGUAUUGUGAAACCCACUAUAACCAGCUAUUUGGUGAUGUUUGUUUCCACUGCAAUCGUGUUAUAGAAGGUGAUGUGGUCUCUGCUCUUAAUAAGGCCUGGUGUGUGAACUGCUUUGCCUGUUCUACCUGCAACACUAAGUUAACACUCAAGAAUAAGUUUGUGGAGUUUGACAUGAAGCCGGUCUGUAAGAAGUGCUAUGAGAAAUUUCCACUGGAGCUGAAGAAAAGACUUAAGAAACUAGCCGAGACCUUAGGAAGGAAAUAAGUUCCUUUACUUUUUCUUUUCUAUGCAGGAUAAGAAAUUACCAACAUACUUAUCUUGAUCUACCCAUAUUUAAAGCUAUAUCUCAAAGCAGUUGAGCGAGAAAAGGACCUGUAUGAAUGGUUUUAUGUCAUUUUUUAAUUAAAAAAGAAAAAUGCAUAUAAUCGUGUUUAAAACACAGAUGAAGUCAGUAUUCACCUUUGUUAACCCUUAUCCAUUUGUUGACAUGUAGACUGUUUACAAAAAAAAAACAUGGUUAAAUGUUAAAUUUUAAUUCAGGCCCCCCCAAAAUUAAAUAUAACUUUUUAAAAUGAAAGGAGUCACCUUCUACAUGACUCAGGUGAAAAAACAGUAUAAACAUUAAUUUACUUUGUAUUCAAAAGAAAAUUCCAACUGCUGUUGGGGAAGGGCACAGAAAAAAUAACCAACCAAGAAAAACAAAAACAAGAAAAAUGAAUCUUAUACAAUCUUAGUAUAUUUAUCAAACUAGUAGCUAUAAAGUGGAUAUACCCAUUACUAAGACAAAAAACAGGUGUAAUUCUGAACUACUUGAUUUUUUUUUUAGUUAAAUGCAAUAAUUAUUAUGCUUAGUUUUAUAACCUCUCCUUGUGAAUUCUUCCUUCGAAUGAUUACUUAACACAGUAGUAAUAGCUAGCUAGUAGGAUGUCUUUUAAAUUUUUGUGCAAAAAGUUUCUACCAGGCAUUUGAAAAUACACUUUACAAUAUUGGAAAAUGAAGUAUUUUUAAUGUAUUACAGCAAUUAUGUUUCUAAGCUUAAUGUUAAGCACGUAAUCUUAGAAUAGGACAUGAAAUUAAAUUGUAUGUAGCUUGGAAUGUAUUGCUUCAGAAAAGUGAAUGUGUAUGUCGGUCAUAUUGCCUUUAUAACCAUGCUGAUAUCUGUGCUUUAUACAUAUUCAAACUUGCCUUGCCUUAAAAAAAUACAUACUGCAUACUUAAAUCAGGAAUUAUAGCCAUCUCACAGAAUACCAACUAAAACUAAGUGCAUUGAGAUCUGAGAUUGGUAAACCUGGAUUCAUUUACCACAGCUAUAAUGAAGUUUUUAAAAACUCUCUUCUCCUUUUUUGGGGGAAAUCCAUUGUUAAUUUCUGUCAUCUUAGAAGAAAAUGAUGUUGAUAGGUGUUUCAGAUUUUCCAUUUCAAAUCUUAUAAUUAAUUGGAUUUAUUUACUACAAGUAGGAGGUAUAAAUGACACUCUUAAAUUGGAAGGAGGAGUGUUUUAGUGUCUGUUUUAGGUCAAAAUUAGUGAUUCUACUUUUAUCAAAAGUUUUAUCCUGAAGUUUCAGGACCACUCUUCCUUAAUAAACUUGUUAAUGUAAAGCGAGCUUUAUGAACAUUU